UGGUAGUUAAGGUACUGUUGAGAUUGACGGCAGUUUAGAAUGGCAUUCUCUGUAGGCUGGCCUAUUUUUACAUAACACUGUUAUCAACAGCAAUAUUGCGUGAAGUGAUAGCGUGAGCUGUAAACUUUAUGUACUGAAUACCUUUAAUUACACGUAACUCCUUUAAUUGUUUUAUUGUUGUGGAAAAAUAUGGCAUUUCAUCAACUAGUACAGUAGUUUUGUUUAAUAAAAUGUGGUGUUACUAGUAAUAAGCAAUCAACUAGCCCACUUUCGUUUUACUAGUUUGAUAAAAGUGAAUUAAGGCAAUUAAGUGUAGGGUUAUUAAACUAAAUUCAAAUUAAACGUGUCGUUUUCAAGUGAAUCCCUACACGUAAGGGCUCUAGUUUUCUUGAAAUGGCUUAACUUCCCACCCCUCAAAAAACUGCAACGUGGCCGCGGCGUCAAGGACCGAAACGGAGGUUACCCCAAUGUAAAAUGGAGGAUAGCUUUGAUUGCGACUGUGGUGAGCUGGAGCCACCCGAUCAUUAACGACUGGAUCCUUGCUUAAUAAAAAGCUACUGGACUCUAGUUGUUUGAUCAAACGAUCAAAAUACUUAAAAUAACAAACGCAAAAUUAAAAAAAAAAAUCCUAGUGCUCAUAGGCACAGUAGAAUGACGCUGCUCAGGACCAGUCAAACACUGAAUGUAUCUGCACUGUGAGGAUGUUGUUGUUAGAUGCUUUUAUAUUUAUUCACUUUUAUUUUCAAUGUUAGCAUUUUAUUCUGGCCUCAAGAUUCAUUCCAUUGUAGUCUUUCUAACACUAGUGUAAAUUAGACGGAAGGAAACCUCUUUUGCAAAACAUGAUGGUAAAAUACAUCACAUGUCUACCAAACGUCAGCCUUUUCAGUUUUUCUCUUGGAAAGCUGUGAAUGACCGACUGGGGGGGAAAACUGCUGGCCUAGUUGUUGACUUGUUUGGUAAAUCCUAAGAAGAAUCACGGUUUGAAUGCAGAGUCUUUUGCACAUGUUCAGGUUGUUCAGAUUUUGUUCGAAUCGAUCUCAAGUGUCUGCUGAGCAUUGGUAUUUCAAAAAUUAAAGUGAAAACCCUGGUACAACAACAACAAUAAUAAAAAUAAAAAGUCUGCUAAAAAAUGGCAGAGAAGUUUGAAAGCCUGAUGAACAUUCAUGGCUUCGAUCUGGGCUCCCGCUACAUGGACUUGAAGCCGCUGGGAUAUGGUGGAAAUGGUCUUGUGUUCUCCGCUGUGGACAAUGACUGUGACAAAAGGGUGGCAGUAAAAAAAAUAGUCCUCACUGACCCCCAGAGUGUGAAACAUGCCUUACGGGAAAUCAAAAUCAUCAGACGCCUCGACCACGACAACAUCGUCAAGGUGUUCGAGAUCCUAGGACCCAAUGGAACACAGAUGACGGAGGACGUGGGCUCUCUGACAGAGCUGAACUCCGUCUACAUCGUCCAGGAGUACAUGGAGACGGACCUGUGCAAGCUCCUGGAGCAAGGCCUGCUGUCCGAAGGGCACGCCAGGCUGUUCAUGUAUCAGCUGCUACGGGGUCUCAAGUACAUCCAUUCGGCCAAUGUCCUGCACAGGGACCUCAAACCUGCCAACCUGUUCAUCAACACUGAGGACCUGGUGCUGAAGAUAGGAGAUUUUGGUUUGGCAAGAAUCAUGGAUCCCCAUUAUUCACAUAAGGGUCACCUUUCCGAGGGAUUGGUCACAAAAUGGUACAGGUCUCCCCGUCUUCUGCUGUCUCCUAAUAACUACACCAAAGCCAUUGACAUGUGGGCUGCGGGCUGCAUCUUCGCAGAAAUGCUGACUGGAAAAACUCUCUUUGCAGGUGCUCACGAGCUGGAGCAGAUGCAGCUGAUACUGGAAUCUAUCCCCGUUAUCCAUGAGGAGGACCGUCAGGAGCUGCUGAGUGUCAUCCCCGUUUUCAUCAAGAACGAUAUGUCUGAGCCACAGACCCCGCUGGUGAAGCUGCUGCGAGGUGUCAGUGCUGAAGCAUUGGACUUUCUGGAGCAGAUCCUGACUUUCAACCCCAUGGACCGUCUGACUGCAGAAGAAGCCUUAGCCCACCCCUACAUGAGCAUCUACUCCUUCCCAUUGGAUGAGCCAAUCUCUAGCCACCCCUUUCACAUUGAGGAUGAGGUGGAUGAGAUCCUGUUGAUGGAUGAAAGUCAUAGCCAUGUGUACAACUGGGACAGGUAUCAUGACAGCCAGUUCUCAGACCAAGACUGGCACCUUCACAGUAACCAUGAAGCUGAUGAGGUCCAGCGCGAUCCCAGAGCCAUCUCGGAUGUAACGGAUGAGGAAGAAGUACAGGUUGACCCACGCAAGUACACAGAUGGGGACCGUGAGAAGUUCCUGGAUGACUCUACCUUUGACUCUCUCUUCCCAAAUGAGCCUUCCUGGCAACAUGAGGAUCACCAUGAAAACAAGUACUGUGACCUGGAGUGUAGCCACACUUGUAACUAUAAAGCUGUGUCCCCUUCUUACCUGGAUAACCUGGUGUGGCGCGACAGUGAAGUCAACCACUACUAUGAGCCCAAGCUCAUCAUAGAUCUGUCCAACUGGAAAGAGCAGAGCAGGGAGAAGGCAGAUAAGAAAGGUAAAUCUAAAUGUGAAAAGAAUGGCCUGGUAAAGGCUCAGAUAGCACUCCAGGAAGUGUCCCAGCAACUGGCUGAGAAGGACAAAGAGAAGAACAAGGGCUUUGAUUUCGAUUCCUUUAUAGCGAGCACCAUCAAACUCAGUCUUCAGCCAGAGCCCUCCGAGGUGGGCCUCUUAAACGAACUGAACAGCUCUGUGUCCCUGAUAGAAUCCAAAAGCUCGUUGUCCAAGUCGGUCAGCCAGGAGAAAGAGGAGAAAGGGAUAGUGAACCUGGCCCAGCUGGAGGGCUGGGUGCCCAACCCAUGGGAAAGCCAGUUUGACAACGUGGAGGUCGGGGAGGAGAGUUGCCUGAUAGAUGAGGUUUGCUGGGACGUGAGGAAAGACGAGCAGCUAGAGAAGGAAAAUACCUACACCAGUUACUUGGACAGGCUUUUUAGUAAGAAAGAGGAGGCUGAGGUAGCAGAGCCAGAGCCUACAGAAGACAAGGUAGCGGAGGAGAAAGAGGUAGAGGAGGGCUUUAUUGGAAGAAAUGGGGAGAUUGUCUUCAAUGUGCAGUUUGAGUCCUUGGCUCUGCCUGGGUUUGACAGUUCUUCAGAUUCACCACUUAAGUCUAUACAGGCCACUUUAACGCCUUCAGCAGUGAUGUGCUCCCCCCAGAUAGCUCAUAAAACAUAUAGCAGCAUUCUGAAACAUUUAAAUUAAACCACACCCCAAGACAUUUUUUUAAUAGUAUGAACAUUAUUUUACUUGAAUCAUUUCAUACAUUUGUGUUGUGUACGGUAAAUAUUAAGGAAUUUAUUUUUUUCAAGGGUGCGUUCAUAAGUUUGCAAAGAGUGUCAGACAGCACUUUGGACUUAUUUCGGUGGUGCGGUGGGAAACAAUCGAUGAUCACGCCCUGAUUUAAAAACUGGCAUGUCAUUUGCACACAAUGGACACCUAACAAAUAAGGAGAGAAGGAAGAAAAACCAUAAAAGAAAACAAUGCAGUGCUGGCAACGUGAAAUAAUGAGGAAAAUGCACUAAUGAUGAUAAACUGGGAAGACCUGUCAGUAAUGCAGUUAGGCCAAGUCUAGAAGAACUUGUUUUUCAUGGAGUGGAUCUCAUAUUGGCAUAUAUAAAUACACAGUGGGGGGAAAUAUAUAUAGGCAUGUUUAUUUUAUUUUUUUAAGUAAUGUGCAAAGGUCUAACUUAUUAAAGUAUUUUCCCAUAAAGGUAUCCUAAAACUUUUUCAUACUGUAACAUUUCUUAAGACACAUGAUGCCAGCAUCAUCCAUUAAAUGUAGACAUUGGUACACAUGUGUUAUCUACCUCAAGGUAACAGCAGUGAGUGGGAAGCUAGGAGCCACACUAGUGCUUUAAGGCAUGUUCUUGUAUGUUCGCUUUGCCAGCAACCUAAUACCAUUCAGUGCGCAUUGACUGUUUUUUAAUACACAUUUGCCAUAGUGAAGUGUUAAUAUGCAUCAUUAUUUAUUUUAGCAAAUGUGAGGUAUUUAUUUUAAUUUUGUAGGUUCAAUGUGACUGUUCACAAUCGGAGGCAUUUUAUUUCAGUGCAUUCUUUUGUCCAGCAUUAUGGCAAGAUCGUUUUGUAACGGCAGAAUACAAAUUCAUCCGCUCGAGUUCAUGCUUUCUGUUUCCCAUUGUUUGUUUCCUUUAGGAAAGCCCUCACUGUGUAAAGCUUUGGUUUUGUUUUUUUAUUUAUAGGUGCUUGAUAUUUCUUUAAGGAAAAAAAAACAACAGCUUUAUGAAUCUGAAAAUGCGCCUAGAAGUCUUAAAGUCUUUUUUUAAAAAUAUAUAUAAAAUAAACCUGUAAUGUUAGAAUUGUGUGCAUGGAAGUAAAAAUGGAAGGUACAAUAAAACUAGAAGUUAAAGGUGAAGUAUAUCGUAAGUCAUUAAGUUCAUUUUAAUGUAUGUUUUUAUUACAAUUUAUAUAUACUUUUUUUUCAAAAAGCAUGAUUAAAUUAGGUUAAUGUCUAGCAUGUAGAACUUCUGGAAAUUUAUUUUGCCUUUUGAAAUACUGGUACUUAUUUUCUUGAUCAUUGGUUCCCCUGUUUAAAAAUAAAUAAAAUAAAAAUGGCCAGCAAAUAUACACAA